AUGGAACUCACCUGGCUCCCGGAUAUUCCGCAGUCGCGCAGUCGCACUCGAGCCCUGCGAGCUUGUGCCGACUGCCAGCGCUCAAAGAAACGAUGCCGACACUUGAUCCCCAAAUGGGAGCCCUCCAAUGACGCAGGCCGACAACUGCCACCGUCGAAUAAUUUCAAUUCCGCUUCGGCCAGUCCUCACGGUCAAAAUCGCCCAUCUCCGACAUACAUAGACCGCGCGCGGACCGCGACGGAUAGUCCGGCUUCAACAUCUGUGCCCGCCACAGAGCGAUUCGUCGGCGACCUCAACCCAGAGUCUCUGAUCCGAGAACGACUAGAUGAACCCACUGGGAAUCCCCUGCGCGAUCGCGUCGGAAUCUGGAUCAAUUCCCCCGCGGUGCAAAAGGCGAAACCGCCAAAUCUGACAGGACAAGCCGAAGAAUCAUCCAAUGCGCCAGAAGCUGGGACUGGACAUGAUCCUACGUCUCUGCUUCAACAGCGUCUUGCAGCGGGAAUGAAAGCAUGUCAGCAGCUUCCUUCAUCGACGCGUGAACCUUUAAUCGCAAUUUACUUCAAUAAGGUCAAUCACAUUAUACCGAUAGUGGAUCAAGGAUUCAUACAGGCGCAGGCUGAUGGAUCGGUCUCUGUGUUCCUGGAAAAGGCCAUGUGUCUGGCAGCUGCAAAGACACCUGCAGCUGUGCCGCAUCUAACGCUUACGCCCUACGGCCCGCUUGUACCACCGCGCCAAUUUUGUUCUGAGAUCUAUAGGGAGCUGGUCGUUGCCAUGGACGCUGAGUUAGAGCCGGACCGAUUGACGCGUAUCCGCGUUCUCGCUUUGAUGUCUUUGCACUGUGAGGGGUACGAAGGUGCGGAGACGGCGUCUUUGCAUCUUUGUCAAGCUAUACACCAAGCCCAGACGGUAGGGUUGCAUCUCGGGCGCCCGAACCAGUCGCCGUCGGACUCCAUGACGAAACUGUUUUGGUGUCUGUGGACACUGGAUAAGAUGCAUGCGAGCAUAGGCGGUCGGCCGGUGCUUCUAGCAGAUCGAGAUAUCGGCGUCGUCAAACCCAGCGUUUCUCAAAAGCCACGAGGUGCUUUCGAGGUCUGGCUUGCCGUCUCGGACUUGCUUGCUAAUGUGAUAUCUUUCUACCGACCUACCGCGGAGCUUACCAGUGGAUGGGAAGAAGGGUUUCCUUCAUUCGAGGAUAUCGUAGGAGAAGACACACAAGAAGAUCUAGACUUCGCUACAUUAGGCUUCUUGGAAUUAUAUUACCACUCCGUUGCUAUCUUAUCCUGCCGCUACAACCCAGCCGACAGCGUCAAUGGCAGACUUUCAUCCGUCAGACAAGGCCUAGCAGCCGUGCGCAUCCACUCAAUAGUCGCUUCAGAAUGCGUGGACAGUCUCCCACCCUUCCCAAUAGUCCCUUACUCCGUCACCCUCUCAAUGGGCGUCUCAUACCGCCAACUCCGCUCCAGCAAGCUCAUCACACAUCUCGAUCGAGCAAAAGCCAGCCUCGAAGCUUGCUGCUCCCUACUAGAACAUAUAAGUCCAUACUGGUAUUCCGCAGAAGCCAUGGCCAGACUCGGCCAGAAAGCCCUCCACCAAAUACAAGGCCAGCCGACCACACGGUCACAGCCAGAGUCUCGUGGAGGAGCCCACCACAGGGCUGUGGAUACCGGGCAUGUCGAACCCACGGAAGACUCCAUCCCAGCCAAGAGACAGCGUAUCGACAAUGGGAUUUCGCCACCGGCGGAUCCUGAGAUCGCUCUGGACUCACUGCCUGCGCCGGAAGAUCUGCAGCUCGAUGGAUUCGCAGAUAUAGAUACACUAUUCGGUGAAUUCCUGGAUUUAUCGCUACCGAGGAAUUUUUGGGAUCCUAUCUUCAUGGAACAUGAACCGCAGUCAUAA